AUGGAUUUUAUCCGAGUCAUUGCUUUGUUCUCUUUCUUCUUCACUGCUGUCGUAGCAUUUCCCCAGCAGACUGCCGCGGGUACAACAACCGCGAUUCCGGCGACAAUCACCAAGGCUGCGUCGCUCAGCUGCUCGGACGGCCAGACCGCUGUCUACACGACAGAUUGUACGAUGGGAACGCCUACAUCGUACUGCGCUAGACCGGAGCCCCCCAUCCAGUGCUCGGAGGGGUACUUCCCCUCGGUUUGGCACCCAGGUCAUUGCAUGGAGCAGUCGACCUGUUUUCCCGUCGAUGCGUCCUGGAUAACGACCGAGUGUUCGCAUGGGGCAAUUCCUUGGACAACCUCGACCUUGUAUGAAGGUACCUUGGCGGGAGGGCAGUCGACUAUUAUCAGUGCCGUUUCCUGCUCCUGUGCCAGGGAUCAAUGGUACAGUAUGACCAUUCUCCCAGGCGCAUCCACCGUCGACACUUUCUGCAUGCCUUCAAGCUCCUGUCCAGCAGGUAUGACAACCUCAGUCUCGACCAACACUUACUGCGCAACAGCGCCGGCAAGUGUGUGUUCAGAUAUCCCCUUAGAGACCAACUACUGCAAAUGCGAGUCCGCAGCGCAGACACCCGUAUACCCAGACUCUGUUGGGGCGGCUCCAACCGGAUGUAGAUCUUGA